CUACUAUAAAAGAAGCAUCAGCUCAGAUGCCCGCAGCAUCUCUCCUACACCGAGCUUCUGAAGAGGAAAGGAAACUCCAAGAAUAUGUACAUCUUCCUGUUCGCUCUUGCAGUGGGUCUUGCUUGUGCACAUCUCCCCAUCCUACCAGAACAGAUCAACGGUGAAUGGCGCACACUUUUCAUGGCGUCCGACAAUGUGGACAAAAUCGAAGAUGGGGGUGACUUGAAAGCCUUUCUCCGUCACUUUCAAUGUUUUCAGGGAUGCCGGAAGCUCUCUGCCAGGUUUUAUAUCAAGUUGUUCGGGGAGUGCCGUGAGGUCUCAGCCCUGGGAAUCAAAAGAAACACAAAUGGACCUUACGUCGCAGAUUAUGCGGGUCAAAACUCUUUUGAAAUUAUUGAUAAAGGUGAUGAAGACAUAGUAUUUUCUAGCACCAAUGUGGAUGUGAGGGGCAGGAGGACACGUGUACUUCUCAUGGCUGGGAAAAGAAACUCUAUCACCCCAGAACAAGAGCGUAGGUUUGCCCAGCUGACUGAGGAAAAUGGCAUUCCCCGGGAAAACAUAAAAAACAUACUCAAUUCAGACACCUGCCCAAAUUAAAGGUACUGCUUGGGUGACGAAAUGGGAGAAGUGUUUGAAAUGUCAAAUUCUCCAAGGCGUCCAAAUCACCAGUAUGUAGAUGCAAGAUCCUUUUCUUUGCAGUUGCAUUUUCUUCUCUUCUGUGAAGCCAUGGACCUGUAUCCAGGCUGACCUUUCCACCUGCAUCUAGACUCUGGUUAAUUUUUCAGUAUCUUGCUUGGUUAAAUAAACUGACAUCAUAAAAAUACA